AUGGCGGCCAGGCAGCUCCCGGCGUUGGCGGGCGCCGCACUCAGAAAGCAACAGCGCACCGCCUCGCCACCAAAACUUCUUUGGGCCAGAGCAGGGUUCCGCCAGUACUUCAGCUUAGCCCUCUGCUCCGCUUCCGAGGGAGACCGUUGCAACUCCGGGAGCCGCUGGCAGAGCAGGCCGGAGGGGACCGGGAGGCGCCCAUCGAGGAAAGAGUUAACUGUGGCGGAGAGGCGGAUCGUGGAGCUGCACGCGGCCGCUUGCGCGGCUGGCCAGCUAACCUAUGUGGAUCCAGCUACUGGCUUUGUGGUGCUCACACAGCUCGCCCAUUUGCAGAGAGGUGAAUGCUGUGGCUCAGCCUGCAGACACUGCCCAUAUGGUCAAGUCAAUGUUAAAGAUCCAUCUAAAAAGAAGCAAUUCAAUGCCUAUUUUUAUGUUUGA